AUGAGGCGGACGGCGGCGUUGCUAUCUACCCACGGCGGCCGCAGCAUCCCGCGGGCGCUCGCCGACGUGCUCGUCUGCCCACUCUCCAAGCAGCCUCUCAGGUACUGCGAGGCCACCGGGUCUCUGGUCAGCGACGCCGCCGGGGUGUCCUUUCCGGUACUUGAUGGGAUCCCUUCUCUUGUACCAAAAGAUGGAAAGUUACUCGACGACCAAGAAGUGAAAUCAGAACAAGAGUCCAGCACUACGGAUUCUUCUGGUUGA